UGGUCUGUUGUUCGACGCAUUUGUUUAAUUUAAACGUACAAAAAUACUGCAGUUUUAUCAUCAUGGAUAAAGCUAAAAAAGAUUCUUUUCUUGCGGGCUAUUCUAGUAGUCUAACAGGACGAGAUGCAGCUAUAUACGAAGAGAAAAUUUCGUUAUGUCAAGGCGAUCCAUACGAAGCCAGUUUAUCAGACUUCGUUGUAGAUCAAGAGUUGUGGCCGAAAGUAGAAUUUGGUGACAUCAUAAACUAUUUGGUUUUGACAACAAAUUUCUACACCCUGUCACAAAUGAAAGCAUACAAAUCUUUAGAGGCCCAUAACUAUUUAACAAGUGGCUGGGUUUCUCCUGAUAUAAAGGUGAAAGUAAUGAAUAACAGCGAAGUAAUAUUGCUUGGAAAGGUUAGUCAUUCUCAAAGCUUAAGAAUUCCACCUUUAAAAGUGUGGAUUCUUGGCAAAUAUUCUGGAGAAGUCAUAACAGCUCACUGCAAUUGUAUGGCAGAUUGCUCUUCAGCAUGUUCACAUGUUGGUGCUGUACUGUUUGCCUUAGAAGUGGGUGUUAGAAUCCGAGAGUCAAAAACAUCCACUGACAGAGUAAAUGAGUGGUUGCCUCCACAUUCAAGAGUUCUUGCUCCUCGUCCAUUAAAGGAAAUAGAUUUCAGUUCAUCAGUUGCAAAGUAUAACCGCAUGACUGAUGUAAAUGCUAACCAAAGUGCAAUCAAAAAGAAAAACAUGAAGGUAACACCUAUGACUGACAGUGAGCUGGAUUCAUUUUUGUCAGAUGUAACAAAAUGUAAUCCACAAGCUUGCAUUUUGGCUGUUACACCUAGAUUUUCUGAUUGCUUUGUUGCAAGUGAGGAUAUACCUUUUCCUUUGAUGUUUGGAAAUCUUUUUAAUCCAUCUCUUGCUAACCUGGACUGGCCUGAGCUGGAAGAAUACUGUUGCAAACUGUUUCAAGAGUUGCAACUUACAGAAGACCAGAUAAAAAACAUAAGUGACUUGACAACAAAGCAAUACAAACAGAAAGUUUGGUAUCAGUAUCGAGCUGGACGCAUAACUGCAUCUAAUAUGAAAGCAGCAUGCCACACAAAUUUAAUUAAUCCAGCAAAGUCACUGAUUAAAAAAAUUUGCUACCCAUUUGAACAUAGAUUCAAAAGUCCCUCGGUAAAAUGGGGAUGUGAUCACGAAAACCAUGCACGAUCAAAAUAUGAAGAAAAACAAGCUAAACUUCAUUGUAAUUUCAUUGUUAAAGAAACAGGGUUUCAUGUGUUACCAUCUCAUCCAUUCAUUGGUGCCUCACCUGAUGGUCUUGAAGACUACAACUGUUGUGGCCAAGGAGUGGUUGAAAUGAAAUAUCCUUGGUGUCAGCGACAACAAAAUAUUGAUGAAAAUACACCCAAUUAUUUAGUUAAGGAGAAUGGUAUUUAUACAAUUAACAAACACAGCAAUUACUACUACCAAAUGCGAACACAAAUAUUUGUAUGUAAUGUUGAAUAUUGUGACUUUGUAGUUUGGACAGAAAAAAGUUUGCACAUUGAGCGGAUUUAUAGAGACUUUACAUUGUGGAAUAGCAUCAUUGAAAAAGCAAGAAAUUUUUUCAAAUUAUGUAUAUUACCAGAACUGACAGCACGUUGGUAUUCAAAACAAUAGACUGAAAUUGUAAAUAAAGAUUUA